AUGGCCGACGAGCGCAGUGGUGGUAGUCAAAAUGCAACUUGGACAAGUUCUACGACGAUGGCCGACGCCAUGGAAGUCGACUCGGAGCCUCCAGCGCCCACACGAAGGAUUAUUAAAAAUGGGGCGUCUGCACGACCGCUCAGUCUGUAUUCCUAUCAACAACUCCAACAACGUCCGGCCCAGGAAUCUGCGCACUCGACCGCAACGCUCCCCUCAAAAUCUUCCCGUACUAUCAAACGAAUUCCAAGUGCCUUUAGAUCUGUCUCAGACACCCACCAAACCCAGACUCCAGUCGAAUCAGCGCCGCCACCAGCAGCGGCGGCAGUCGACCCAACACGCGCGCUGAUGUCGGCUAUCGACUUUGGAGCGUACGAUGGAGGCCUGGAGGCAGAGAAUAUGACUAGAGGAGAGGUUGUAUCUGGUGUCGCAGCUGACAGUCUGGCGUUAAACUCGUCGUAUUCUCGCCCAGCAGCCGAACAGUGGAGACUCUCGUCGUUUGAGAUGGGAAGACCUCUUGGAAAGGGUCAAUUUGGACGUGUAUACCUAGUGCGGACAAGGACACAGCCAAAAGGCUACAUCCUUGCGCUCAAGACUAUCUACAAAUCGGAGGUUAUAGCCGCCGGAUUGGAAAAGCAAGUUCGACGAGAGAUAGAAAUUCAAUCCAACCUGCGGCAUCCCAACGUCCUUCGGCUUUACGGUUAUUUCCACGAUGAGAAACGUCUGUUCCUCAUGCUCGAAUUUGCUGCAAAUGGAGAGCUGUAUCGACAGCUGGCCAAGAAAGGGCGCUUUGGAGAAAAGCGAGCAAGUCGGUAUAUUGCACAAGUUGCAGACGCCCUUCAAUACCUACACACUAAACGUAUCAUUCAUCGUGACAUCAAGCCGGAGAAUCUCCUGUUGGGAAUCGACGGCGAGAUCAAAAUCGGUGACUUUGGCUGGAGCGUACACGCUCCGAGUAACCGACGGACGACCAUGUGCGGAACGCUGGACUACCUAGCUCCGGAAUUAGUUCGUGGCCGACCCUACUCAAACUACGUCGACAUUUGGGCACUUGGUGUCCUCUGCUACGAAUUCGUAUGCGGUGUCGCUCCCUUUGAGGACCCUUCUGGCCAAAAAGGUACAUUUAUACGGAUCGCUCGAGUGGACCUGCGCUUUCCUGAGGGAAUCUCUGAGGAAGUCAAGGAUCUCAUUUCACGGCUUUUGCAAUACGUUCCCGAGGACCGUCUCAGCUUUGCCGACGUCCUUCGCCAUCCAUGGAUCCUAAAGUACAAGGCAAAAGCCUGA